UGCAGCCGCCGAGUGAUCCAAGUAACGCCCACGCGCACACGAAGAACGCCCUUUCUCUCUCACUGCUGAAGCCUGUCUGUGCACCGGCCGCCCCCUUCUUGUGACUGUGACAGUGUAUAAUGCACUAGGACUGUUUAUAAGUGCCGUAAUAACCCCUAUUUUCUGAGUGUCUUCUACCCAGGAGGUGUGGACACCAUGCAUCUACUAAGGUGGUGUGCGCUGGCGCUGGUCUUGGUGGCCGCCUGCUCGGCCUUCCCGCAGGAGGACAGACGCCGCCUCCUCUUCAGCAUCCGCAAUCGUCCCAAUAUUCUCAGUCGCCGCAACUCGAGGACGUCCACGACCGAAUCUCCCGAAGGACUGACGACCACGACCACUACGACCCCAGUCCCUGACGCCGCUGCCUCCGACGCUCCCUCUCACCCCACCAGGCGGCUUCCACCUCUGCGCCGCCCGGGCAUCCGCUUCGGCCUCCGCCCCGGCUCGUCGCUCAAGAGCAAACUAGAGCAGCAGCAAGUGGAGAAGGAGCAGGAGGAGCAGCCGCAGAGCGAGCCGGUCGUCGUGUCGCAGCCCCAGCCUGGACAGGAGUUCGCGUCGGAGUCGGAGUCGAGCGCCUCGGCGACGUCCCCGCUGGCCAGUGGCGAGAGCACGAGGCCCGAGCCCGAGGUCCUCACCAAGCCCGUCCCCGGCCAGGAGUUCGUGGCCUUCCAGGCAUCCCAGCCCUCCGCACAGGACUCCGUUGUUACAGGAGAUGGCGGCGAAAUCCUAUACGUCAGUCUGGACAACGCCCCAAAGGGAUCUGAGCAGGAAGCAGCUUCUGCCAUCACCGAGGAGCAUCUGGACCAGGAAGUGCAUGCUGCCCUGGAAAAUGGAACGGAAGGCUUCGACUCGUUCCUGCUGACACCCGAUGAACUCCUUCCCGUUAUCGGCGACCUCGAGCCCGUGACCGACUACCCCGACUACGACUAUGUGACGGAGAUCCUGGAGGAGGUGGCCGCCACGGAGCUGCCCCACGAAGAGAUCCUUGCCGCCACCCCCGCGCCCAUCAAGAACGUCACAGCCUUGGAGCCUGAAUUCGAGACUCUGAUUUCAGUCGAGAUGAGUCGGGGCACGAAGGAGGUCGAGGGCGAGAACACGUAUGUGGAGCAUCACACCGAGUUGGAGCAGAGCGACGCGGGACCAGAGAACUACACCCUCAGCCACGACGCCUUCGAGGAGCAGUUCUUGCCAAACAUUCCCCAAGCUGAGGUCCCUUCGGAAGACUUCCCUGCUGCGGCAGCUAAAUCUAUUCAAGAGGAUGAAUUUUUGUAUGAUGCUGAGCCAGCCACAGAACCCGUGCCCGUGGAAGAGCCUGUGCCCGAGGAGGUCGAGGCUCCUGCUACCGAAGUCGUUCCCGGUGUGGAGCCUGAGCCUGUUGCAGAACCGUCGCCAAUUGAUGAGCUCUUGCACCAUGACCAGGAGGCCGCCCCGGAGCCUGAACCUGUCCCUGAAAGCGAGCCUGAGCCAGUGGCAGCUGAGUAUGAGGGCAUCGCCACGGAAAUUCCUGUCGAGACCACCGACUCACCUGUCUUUGCUGAAGAACCCGCCAAUGAGACCAACAUUGAAAUCCUGAGCACAAAGAACCAGCAGAACCCUCCUGUCAACGACCUCUACGGCAAGUACUUCGACGAGAGCGACCUUAACUUCGGUAAGGGAACCAACGACAACGACAAGCUCCUCUUCCCCGCCGAGACAGAGCAGAAGGUCCGUAGCAAGAUCGAGAUCAAGGAAGUCAAUGGGCAGCUCUAUGAGUAUGAGUACCUCUACUACUAUGACGAUGAGUAUCCCCUUUACGACUAUGAGUAUUCCUCUGCCGUUGAUGUGGAACCUGCGGCAGCUGAUGCCCCGGCCACAUCGUCCACCUCUUCCUCAACCACAACGAGCAGCACCACAACCACAACCACCACAACACCACCUCCUACCACAACAACUACUACGACUACCACCACUACCACAGAACGACCCUCACGAGGUAACAGCCGGCUGAGCAGCAGAACCAACAGCCGAAGCAGUAGCAGGGAAAACUCCCGGUCCAGCCUUAGGGACAACAUCAGAGAAAGCAGCAGGGAUAGCACCAGGGAGAGCGCCAGAGAUAGCAACAGCAGGGGCAGCAGCAGAUCCAGCAGCAGGACCAGCAACAGGGGAAGCAGCCGGCAGCAAGUAGCAGAUUCCCAGGAGGCGAACUUCAUUGAGCCAGUCAGGUCCUCCGGCCGCUCCAGAGCCAUCGACUCCGGCUCCUCCUCUAGGACCUCUUCUCUCCGAAGCAGAGGUAGCUUCCGGUCGCGCGAACAGGACGUGAACAGCAUCGACAACGGCGUCCAGUCGGUCACCGUAGAAGAGGACAAGCUCCCCGCCCACACCCGCUUCCCUCCCCGCACGCCCGUCACCACAACGCCGACCGUGCCCGAACGCGAGCCACUCUUCCAGGAAUCUUCGCGCCUCGGCAUUGAUGAGCACAAGCAGAUUCCUCUUGUACCUGAAGUCACAGGACUCCAGAGCUCCCGCGAACUCCAGACGUCCCGCGAUGCCAGGGUGUUUGCCGCAGAAGUGCCCGAGGUAGAGGCCGUGGAGGCCGACACGAUCUAUGACGAGAUCACCACCGAGGAGGUUCCCACGACCACUUUCUCUCCCUCUGCUUUGUCUCUGGUUAACCUCUAUGCCUUCUCUCGCGCUGCCGACGCCGAAGACAUGGGUGAAGUCACCACUGAGGUCCCACAGUCAGAGGACUACGAAACCGAGACUCCAAUUGAUUACUACUACUACGACUACGAAACUGGAGCCGCCACCGACUCCCCAGCCUUGACCGAGGCUGUUACUGAACCUACCGAGCCACAGGCAGAACCUGAGCCUGAGCCAGAACCCAGCACUGAAGAGCCAACCACCACCUCUACUACAACCACUACUACCACUACCACCACUACUACCACCACAACUACAACACCUGAGCCUACCACUACCGCUAGGACACGUGGCUUCUCAAGGACUAGUGCUGGAUCACGUUUCAGCAGCCGCGUCCGAGGUAGCCGAUUCCAGCCUUCCAGCACUACCACCACUACCGAGGCUCCUGAAGAGUCCUCGCAGACCAGGUCCAGGUUUGGAGGCUCGCGGUUCAGCAGCAACAGGAACCGCUUUAGCUCCAACCGUUUCAGCUCCAACCGCUUCAAGUCCCAGUCAUCAACAGACAAACCUGCAGAGGAGGAGGAGGAGGUUGCAUCUGAGGCCUCUGUGGACAGCACAACCGAAAGGAGUGGAGGCUUCAGGAACAGGUUCAACAAGCCCAGAGUCAGUUCAUUCAGGAACCGCGGAGUCACAAAGAAGGACAAUGAAGUAACAGAACGCACAACCGAAAGAACAGCAACCCGUGCCAGGCCGAGACUCCCAUCCAGGUCAGGUCUCCUUGGCAGUCGAUUCCGCGGGCGUGGAACCACGGCAGCCGCUGGAGCCACCACGGAGCCAACUGAGGGCGUCGAGGCCCCCGUAGAGGAGACCAUUGUGGCCGACGUGGAAGCCGAAGUCGAAAGCAGCACAGACACUUUGGAAGCAGUGAUUUCUACUACCGCUGCCCCAGCCCCUGCCAGAGGCAACACCAGGAGACGCCCCAGCAUCAGCAGACACCGCUUCGGAGUCCGAAGGAAGCCUGAAGCAGAAGCAAAGAAAGAGGCAGAGGAAGUGCCGGCCGAGGGCGAAGCUCCUGCUGAAGAGCCUGCAGUCGAGGCUGAGGCCCCUCAGGCCCCUCAGGCCCCCCAGGCCCCCCAGGGCCGCCCUGCUCGCCCCACCCGCACCCGCACCUCCUUCCUGAGACCCCGGCCGAAUCCCCGGCACCGAGGAGGCGCCCGCACAGAGGCUCCAGCAGAGGAGGCAGCAGCUCCGGCCGAGGAAGCGCCCGUUGACCCAGCACAGCAACAGACCGAUGUUCAGCAGACAGCAGAAGAGGUCGUAGCAGGUGAAGCUGAACUGGAUGCCACCACUGCCGCCGAGGAGGAAGUGUCCGCCGACGGGCCGGCAGACAAGCGUCGCCCCGGAGUAGGAGUCGGAGGCAAGAGGCGCGUCAUGCUGAACCGCUUCAACAAGAACCGCAGCGCCGCCCCCAUCAGCACCACGACGCCGCAGCCCAAGCGAGCCCCGCCGUCCAACAACCGCCGCACGGCACUCACGUCGCUCUUCAACCGAAGAGGCCGCCGCCCCGGAAGACGGAACAACGAAGCCGCAGAAGAGCCUGCUGCAGAGGAGCCCGUAGACGCCACGGAGCAGGAGGCGCCCGUUGAGGAUGAUAAUCAAGUAGCAGAAGCCCAGCUGGCUGCCGCAGAGGAGCAGGUCGUAGCGGAGGAACCCGCCGUUGAGUCGGAGGCGCCCGCCGAGGAGGAAGCCGAGGAGGCAGGUCCUAAGCGAGGCCGUCCUGGUCUCAGCUCGCUCUUCAACCGACGAAGGAGACUCAACCGAAGAAGACAAGAGGAAUAAGGCGGAGGUUUUAAGAGGCACUCACUUAUCGCCGCCUCUUCCUCUAUUCCCCGAAGGAGGAAGCGGAAAGGACACGAUGAUGACGACGAUAAAAGGGAGCGGAAGACAGAAGGAAGGGAGUUUCAGUGUCCGUCCUUCAUGUUCGUCCCGCCUUCUUCCUUGGGAGUCGGGAGAAGGAGAGAGAUUUAGAGAAGAAAUUUUCCCCCGUUUUUAUAUAUAAUUCUCUCUCUCUCGCUCUUAUAUUCUUUCUUCUUCUCUCGAAAUCCCAGUUUCCAGUCCGUCCCUUUCAAGUGCGAAUGAAAACCGAGUAAACGAAUGAACGAUGUCAACAGAAAAAAAGCACAAUAACAUCGCUCAUGACGGAAUAGUUUCCUUACUUCACCGUCACUUUUUUUUCGACAAUCAACCUCCUUCCCUUCAUAUUCAUCCUUAAAGUCGUUUUCACCUUCCAUAUAUAUAAUUUUUCUUUGAAUGAAGCAAAGAAAACCAUCAUUUAGUAAGACGCGUGGCCACUUCAUCUCCCAAAGAAUCCGAAACACACUGACAAUAAGAUACUUGUUAAUGGCCAUGCUAUAAGAAUCCCACCUUGUCUUAUUAGGUUAGAAUCAAAAUCAGACGAUUGGUUAAUGAAAUUAAAUCUAGUGAUAAUUCAUACAUUCUGCUCUUCCUCAUCAAUGUUAAAGAACAUAAGAAACGUUUUUUUUUAAUGUUAGUGAUAUGCUUUGUUUUAAUCUUUUCUCUCGUUGCAUAUGUAUAUCUUGAUCCCAUUUCUCACUCCCGAAAACAAAUCGUUAUUUUGUGCCUUUGUGAUAUAUCUACAAACACCAUUUUCUUUCUCUUCCCUUUUGUAUUGUAUCUAUAUAUAUUAUCUCUAUUUUUCCCGUCCCACCUACCUCCCUCCUUUCCCCUUAUCCCAUGCGCUCCCCUCUCCCCCCUCCCCCCGUCCUUGUAGAUAGCAGUUUCAUUUGAAUCUAUUUAAUGAAUUGUAAACUGUAAAUAUUUUGUAUCUGUUUAUGUUUACUUUCUUUUUUUUUAUCUUCUUCUGCAAGGGGUAAAUUACUGUUUAGUUUAGAGAUGUAAUUCAUUCCCCUCCCUUUUUUUUUCUUAGUCUUUAAUGACAUAUAUAUAUAAUCACAGAUGAUUCGUUAUAUCAUAGGAAAAUAGGUAAUUGGUUCCUUAAAACAGUUUUCAGUUUUCAAAAUCUUUUUUUUUUGUUUCACUUCCAUCAGACUCUCGAAUGCUAAAAAAAAAGAAGAAAAGGAAAUAUAAUGCACCAAUAAACAGAUAAGUUCGGCCGAUUUUUUGCAUUCAUCAGUUUAAAAUAAUUUCCUCAUUUUUUGGCUUCAGAGAUUUGGCCAUUUUUUUCUUGACAAGUCUUUGUAUGCCAAUCCUGAGUGACUUUGUUCACGAAUGAAACUAGCUUUGUUCAUAAUUAAACCCUUUUUUGACCUCUGCGAGUGUCUCUCAUCAUAAUAUUGGAAUAGUCAUCCCUCAGAAAAAAAUAUAAAAAAUUGCUCUCUCUCCAGAACCAUUUACACAGACUCUCUCGUACAAUUCGUCAUCGUAUAUCACUAAAAAAAGAAGAAGAAGAAAAAGAAGAAAAAAAAAUCCAUAAUUGAUUCAUUCACCUUAGAACAAAAUAAAAGAAAUCGAAUUAAAUCGAAAAUCUAAAAUCCCUGCUCACGGAGGAGAAGAAAUCCUCAGCCGCGUUUGCCGUGUGAGAAAUAAACGAUUCUGAGCCUAAUGUACAGUUUUUUAUAUAAUAAAGAUAAUAAUGAUUGCUCACGAGCGCCCACGAAAGAACCAACCGGCCGGCGCUGGGCUAGAGGACCCCCCCUACCCCAUACCCCCAUCCCAUACCCAUGCCCCUCCUCUUUCCACCCUAUCCCUCCACGUGAGCUGGAUGAAGCUCCGCCCACUUUCUGUAUUAAGUGGGCGCGGCUUAUAGACAGCCCCGCCUUCCACUGGUCUGUAUCUAUCUAUAUAUAUGUAUGUUCGUUUAGGAAAUGAAAUAUUAAGAAGGAAGGCGGGGUUUACUGGCCCGGAGUCAAACUCUGGGCGGUGCCAAUAUCUCUUCAGUCUGUGUAUAGUGCCUUUGUAAAUAAACAAUGUGGUUACUCUAUUGCUUGAAAA